AGUCCUAUUUGCAAUUCUAUGCGUCUCACUGCUGCUGUCUCCUUCCUCAAGGCAAAGAGAUCUUUCUGCCCUGGCUAUGGAGGAACUGGGCACCAUGUGGGCUUUCGAAGAGGGCGUGGACGAAAUGAAGCACAAGCUCCUCUGCACUGCCCUUGAGCUCGAAACUGUGAAAAUGGAGGCCAGCGAGGAGCUGAAGAAGUACAAGGAGAACAUAAAGCACCUCCUCGGACUCCUCAAGAUCGCCUACCAAGAGCGGGACGAGGCCCGGGACCAGCUGCACAAGCUGCUCGACAAGCUCCCUCCCCCGCACCCGAGCUUCAAUGAGCUCGGCUCCGGCCCUGCCUUCCCUCUUGGUUCGCAGCUGGACAACUGCGUCGUCCCCGGAAAGGCGAACUCGAGCUUGACUGAGUCGAACAACAGCCAUUCCCCCGUGGAUUCCUUCCUCGAGGCGGUUUCUUCCCCCGACUCAGGCAGCCUGGUGCUUGUUAACCAACGGCCUAACGGUUAUGUCCAGGAGUAUGGAAUGGGAUCCUCUGCGGAACCCAAGGUCGACCCAACAUCCAGCAUAAUUGAUGAUCUUGCCAAGGGGAAAUCCCUGCCCCAGAAAGGGAAGCUCCUGCAGGCUGUUAUGGCGCCGGGGCCGCUCCUACAGACUCUGCUUGUGGCCGGGCCGCUCCCGCGGUGGAGGAAUCCCCCUCCUCUCCAGCCCAUCAGAAUCCCACCCAUGGUUGCGAUCAAUGGCUGUGAUCCUGUGGGCAUUAGUCGCAUGCCUGUGUCGAUUCCGAAUGGGAUGGUUGCCCAGAAGCCGGUGGGCGUGACCUCAUACCGCGAUAUACCCUGUGCAAAUCAGCAGAUGUACUCGGCUCCGAUGUUGAGUUUCAUGGGAAGCUCAGGUUAUCCCUUUGAUGGCGCUCAGCCUUUCUCUUCCGGUCAGACCAGUCCAUUUGCAACGGCAAAGAGGCAGAGGCAUCAUUGAUGGUCGGGGAAUUUUUGAUGGUUCCUAAUUUAUGUAUAGACAUUUCUGGGUUGAUUGAGAGCUGUAAAUGAAUAUCUUUUAUCUCUUGGCUUGAAUAGCAUUAUUUUGAAGCUUUUCUCAGCCUUCUGCUCAUUUGGUCUUAAUAAGAUUCAAUAGAUUGAAACCUACUUGGAAUGUGCA